CCAUAACUCUCCCUAGCCCCUCUCCCUCCUCUGUUUUUCUCUCAGUCUCUCUGUUUCUCUCUCAGCCUCUAUCUUUCUCUUUCCUAUUUAAUCCUUCCAGAAGGGCAGACACGCCUAAUUAACUCCCUAUAUAUCACUCUCCAAGCAGGCAAUUGAGUGAGACAUUUCCACAUUCUCUCAUUAUUCUUCAUUUUCAUCAUCAUGAUGGAGCAAAGACAGAUCUUUGUUCUUCAUGUGGUGAUGAUUUUCUUGUUGAUCUUGUUAGCAAGUCAUGGAUGCUAUAGUGUUAAAGCUGAGGAAAAAGGAGGAGGAGAAGAAGGUGAUAGGAUUUUGAAACUCCCUGGUCAGCCAACGGUGUCGUUUCAUCAGUUCUCUGGCUAUGUCACUGUUAACCAACUUGCUGGUAGAGCUCUCUUUUAUUGGCUCACUGAAGCUGCCCAAAAUCCUCUCACCAAACCCCUUGUCAUUUGGCUCAAUGGAGGUCCAGGUUGUUCAUCAGUGGCAUAUGGAGCAUCAGAAGAGAUUGGCCCAUUUAGAAUAAACAAAACAUCUUCUGGACUCUACAUCAACAAGUUCUCAUGGAACACGGUGGCCAACCUCUUGUUCUUGGAAUCUCCGGCCGGCGUCGGCUUCUCUUACACCAACCGCUCCUCCGACCUCCUCGACACCGGCGACCGCCGCACCGCCAAAGACUCUCUGGAAUUUGUAAUCAGAUGGCUAGAAAGAUUCCCACGUUAUAAGAACCGGGAGCUUUACAUCGCUGGAGAGAGCUAUGCAGGCCAUUAUGUCCCUCAAUUAGCAAAGGAAAUCAUGACCUAUAACACCAAAACCAAGCACCCCAUCAAUCUCAAGGGAAUAAUGGUUGGGAAUGCAGUGACAGACAACUAUUAUGAUAACUUGGGCACGGUGACGUACUGGUGGAGCCAUGCUAUGAUCUCUGAUCAAACAUACCACCAGCUGAUCAGCACUUGUGAUUUUCGUCACCAGAAGGAAUCAGAUGAAUGUGAGUCUCUGUAUAGCUAUGCCAUGGAUCAAGAGUUUGGAAACAUUGAUCAGUACAACAUCUAUGCACCUCCAUGUAACAAGUCAGAUGGCAGCUCCGCCGCUACUAGUAGCCGCACGAUUCGGUUGCCUCACCGUCCCCAUCUGGCUUUUAGGAAAUAUUCUGGUUAUGAUCCAUGUACGGAAAAGUAUGCAGAGAUUUACUACAACAGGCCAGAUGUUCAGAAAGCACUCCAUGCCAACAAAACUGGCAUUCCUUAUAAGUGGACUGCUUGCAGUGAGGUUUUGAACAGAAACUGGAAUGACACAGAUGUGUCUAUUCUUCCAAUUUAUAGAGAGUUGAUGGCUCAUGGCAUAAGAGUUUGGGUGUUCAGUGGGGAUGUAGAUUCAGUGGUGCCUGUUACAGCAACAAGAUAUGCCCUUGCACAGCUUAAAAUGACAACUAAAAUACCAUGGUACCCUUGGUAUGUCAAAAAGCAGGUUGGAGGGUGGACAGAGGUGUAUGAAGGGCUAACAUUUGCCACUGUGAGAGGAGCAGGCCAUGAAGUCCCACUAUUCAAGCCCAGAGCAGCUCUUCAGUUAUUCAAAUCGUUCCUUGAAGGGAAGCCUCUCCCAAAGUCCUAAAAAAGGGAAACAAGAAGAGGUUAAGAAAAAGGAGAGAAAAUGAAGAAAGAAGAAAAGAAAAAAAGAUAGCAAGUGGAAAAGCUCAUAGGUUCUAAUUUCUAUUUCAUUGUUAUUGUACUGGACAAAGAAUUUAUGCCAUUUUUAGUUGUCAAAAAAUUAACAAGAGGGGUUGGUGGAAAUAGCAAGGGUCAAUUCUAAAUUGUAACCAUGUUUUUUGUUCUGAUAUUUUUCAUUCGGUAUAAUUGAUAAAAUGAGCCUAAAUAAGUAGGAAAA